AAACGGUUUUUCCACAUCCAUAAAAAAAAGCUUUUUAUGGCGUGUGACCAGUCGUGAUUUGCUCACAAGCUUCCAAGUUAUUAGAAUAUUUUGGCGCCUUAAGUGAGUCCGCGUUAGAACAGCUACUUAGUUAGAAUACAAACCGAGGCACGUUAACUAAUAAUAACAAGCACAUGUAUCAGAAUUCAUUCAAGCUGCUAAGGCUGGCAAAAAAAAAAUAAGUCAAGUUCAAUGAGCCAAGGCAAAGUGAAUAAGUGAAUUAAACGAGAGAACCGGUUGUUUUUGUUUUUAUUGCUUUCAUUUCGAUUCUGGCUACUAUCAGAAAAGCCCAAAUGAUGUGUCACAAAUGUCAAGACCCAUCUGGACAGAUAAUACAGCUUGGGAUUUAAACAAAAGCCAUCGUUUGUUUUUUUUUUAUUAUUAUUUUUUAAUUUCGGAUGUGUCCAGAGUUCUCUCAGUGUGUCGUUGGCUUUCGGCUAAUUGGCACUUGGAAGUUGGAAGUUGCCCGGCUGGUUUCUGCUUUCCCAUCUGGGAUCGCCAAUCGUCGUGUUGACCCCACUGCAGUCCGCAUCUGGCGCUGAUCAAGAACGGAGGAUGAGCAGUCUGAGUCCCAUCUCCGCAUCCACCUGUGUGUAUGUGCAACUCCUGGUGCUGCUGCCAUUGCUGGCAGUCGAGGCCACACCAGCUAUAAAUCCGCAGUUGCAACGAGCUAUCACCUUUCCCAAGGAUUCCUUCGAUGAGUGCUAUCUUGACGAUCCGCAAAGAUCGAAGGGCAGUUGCCGGCGCAUGGAGGACUGUCCCACCGCCCUGAAGGGAUGGCUGGAUAGACGUGAAUCCCCUAAGACUUGCUAUUUUGUAAGGUUCGAUCAUUUUGUGUGCUGCAAACCGGAAGAGCUCCAUCCGAAGAUUACCACCGAAGCGCCACCCACACUGCCGACAACACGGAAUCCCUUUAAAGCACCCCUGGUUACAAGAUCUAGUUUGCAGGCCUGCUACGACUAUAACAACGUUAAGAAGACCAACGAGAAUGACCUGACCUUCGUGGUAUCGGUUGUGGGCGGGAUGCCCACCCGUCCACGGGAAUUCCCAUUCAUGGCAGCACUCGGUUGGCGCUCAAACUUUGAUCAGCGGAUCUAUUAUCGGUGCGGCGGCGCCCUGAUCGCCAACAACUUUGUUUUGACGGCAGCUCACUGUGUCGACUUGGGCGGUGAACCUCCCAGCCAAGUUCGACUCGGUGGCGAUAAUUUAACCCUGGUCGAGGGCGAAGAUAUUUCUAUCCGCCGUAUUAUUGUCCAUCCGGAAUACAGUGCCAGUACCGCCUACAAUGAUAUUGCGCUGCUGGAGCUGGAAACUGCGGCCAAGCCGGAACUAAAACCCACCUGCAUUUGGACGGAGAAGGAGCUGGCCAAUUCGUUGGUCACGGCCAUUGGAUACGGACAGACCAGCUUCGCCGGUCUCUCCUCUGCCCAGUUACUAAAGGUGCCGCUGCUGAGCGUGAGCAACGGGGAAUGUCAGGUUCACUACCAGGUGGAUCAAUUGGCCCAAGGAUUGCUGGGAACUCAGAUGUGUGCCGGAGAUAUAUCCGGCGAGAAAGAUACCUGCCAGGGCGACUCUGGGGGACCGCUACUCAUGCAAGAGGGACCACUGAGUUACAUAGUGGGCAUCACAUCGCUGGGACAAGGAUGCGCUAGUGGACCGCCAUCAGUGUACACCAGGGUCUCCAGCUUUGUCGAUUGGAUUGAGGGAAUUGUGUGGCCAGCGCAGCAGGAAUCUAUCUCCUCGAAUCCCAAAGAGAUAACGAGUCCUGAAUUCGAUCUUAGGGCAAUGGUCUAAGUUUUUUUUUUU